GUUGCAAUAUAUGGCUAGACUAAAGGCUGAGGAGAAAAUUCUGCAAAACGUUGCAAAGACAGCGGGAGUGUCUUGAACGCAGCCUGCUCCGAGUACUACAGUAACACUAACUACAGUCGCUUUCAUUUUUUUCAGCCUCGUCUACUCUCUCGUCUCGCGAUACAGCGGCGGAGUGGUUUGACGGGCAGUCGAGGUUGCAGCAGGCAGAGGGAGACGGUGGAAGGUAAAGCAGGGAGGCAGCAUCAUGGCGGACAGAGACAGUGGCAGUGACCACGGAGGGCCCACCGCAGGCCCCGGCUCGCUGCCCCCGGGUGCGAUGGGCGCCAUGUCCCGGCUGCAGCACGACACCGAGGAGCUCGCCUCCAAGCGCGUCGACAUCCAGAACAAGCGCUUCUACCUUGACGUGAAGCAGAAUGUUAAAGGCCGCUUCCUAAAGAUAGCCGAGGUCGGGGCUGGGGGAAACAAGAGCCGUCUCACUCUCUCCAUGUCGGUCGCCGUGGAGUUCCGCGAUUAUCUCGGGGACUUUAUCGAACAUUACGCCCAGCUGGGCCCGACCAACCCGGACAUGGUGCAGGAUGAGCCCCGACGGGCGCUCAAGAGCGAAUUCCUGGUGCGGGAGAAUCGGAAAUAUUACAUGGAUCUGAAAGAGAACCAGAGGGGGCGGUUCCUGAGGAUUCGACAGACCGUUAAUCGGGGGCCCGGACUGGGAAGCGCGCAAGGCCAGACCAUCGCUCUGCCGGCGCAAGGUCUCAUCGAGUUCCGCGAUGCUUUGGCCAAACUCAUCGACGACUACGGUGUGGACGAGGAGCCGGCGGAGCUCCCGGAGGGCACCUCUCUCACGGUCGACAACAAGCGCUUCUUCUUUGACGUGGGCUCCAAUAAGUACGGGGUCUUCAUGCGGGUCAGCGAGGUGAAGCCCACGUACCGGAACUCCAUCACGGUUCCGUGCAAAGUGUGGUCCAAAUUCGGCAACACCUUCUGUAAAUACGCGGAGGAGAUGAGGAAGAUCCAGGAGAGGAGUAGAGAGAAACGGGCCUCCGAACUGCUACCUGAGGGCCCGCUCGGCGGAGAUGACGGCGACGAUGACUGACGCGGAUUUUAGGAGAGCAGAAGCGAAACAACAAAGACAAAAACCGAACUCUGAGAGAAAAACGAGACUUUAAACUGUAAAAUAGAAAGAGAAUUUCCAAGGGAAUCACCCCACACACACAACCUCCACAGACAUGGCAGCACCUCUGCUGUCUCCUCGCUCAUUUUACUGGAUGUCACCCCACUUACCACCCAUGUAACAGUAAGCCGCUGCUAUCAAGGAUUGAACUGUAAGAUAUGAACUGUUUCCUACUUGAUUUAAAUGACAAUGAACAGAGUGUUUAUAUCUCUAUCAAACGACAGAUUUUGCACACAUCAAAGCUAUUUCGAGAAGAAGAAAAAAAUGUUUAAAUGUUUUCAAACUGGUCAUAUGCUAAGAUUUAAUCAAACAUACAACCAGAGGUCUAUUAUAUAAAGUGACAGUCUUCAUGUAGAACGAAUAUUUGACAUCAGCACAAAGAGAAUAUAUUGUGGACUUUAUGAAACCAAAAUCAGAUGUAUAGUUUAUUAUAAAGGUACGCAGAAUAAAUAUGAAAGCGCUCUAACAAGUGUAUGAACUGCAGAACGCAGCACUACAGGCCUGUAAACACCUGUCAGCAUGCGUGUAGGCUCAUGUUUUGAAAAGAAGUUUGGCAAAGUAGGCUAUAGUCUUUAAUUUGACCUGAAAUGUCGUUGUAGGCUAACGAAAGCAUUUCUGUCAUGCCAUUAUGGAAAUGUUGAGACUCAAAGAUAAAUAGCCUAUUUUGUGCGCCUCAAACACAUGGGAUAAACCUGUCUCUGAGCUACUAUAUUGAAUAUCAACCCUCUUGCACCAUGUCCAUAUAAACUUAAAUGAAAAAAGUGCUAACUUAGAUGUACUAAUUAUGAUUUUGUGAAUCAGCUGUAAAAAAAAAAAUCCUUAUGAAGAUACCCACGUUUUCUGUGGGUUAAGUUUUUCUUUCUGUUACUUUGUUGUUUUUUCCUCUGGGGGGUGGGGGAUGCAAAAGAAUAAGGUCCACUUGUGGGAGCGCAAGGCGCGGAAACAAAAAAAGAUGCGCCAGCGCAGCGAGGCAACGCAUCCUCUCUGACGUCAUUACGACCCGUGCCUUAUACACUUCACUCGUUUACGUGUUCUCACGUGGAUGGUCUGUGACCUCGACCGCUGUACGUUUUCAUUUACGAGUGCUGUUAUGUAGGCCGAAAAAUAUACUCACCAGGGAUGCGGGAUUCACACUCCUGCGUUGCAUGGAGCAUGGGUGGCAACAGCCAAAGUAAGCUGAAAGGCUGCUGGGAGUUUGGGGGCCAACAAUGGCAUUGGGCAGAGCUCCAAGCUGGCCCUUCAGAGAGAUGAGGUGCUGCCGUACGUACACUCUGGAAACAGGGGGGCCGGUGUGUUGUGGCACCCUGGAGUCCAGAAUCCGUAGCAGCACCCCUGGUUUGGUGGCCUCUCACAGAGUAGAGAUGCGUCUCCCUGGAACUUGGAGAAUGACCCAGGAAGUACCGCUUGUGGCAGCACUGGGUCUGACACCCAGUGGACCCCAUGGAGAUUCAUCUGGAGAUGUUACGGGUGGCUUUGCACACCAUAUGCACCAAGAUGUUUAAAAAAAACAAAAAAAAAAACAGCAACAAUAACAAAAAAAAAAAAACUAAAUCAGGAGCGCCUGGAUGAGGCUAUUUGUCAGAGCUGAGAUGCCGUUAAAGAGUCAGGCAGUCAGCCGGCCAGGCCAGCCAGCCGGUUUGGUCCCGUGCCGUCAGUAUGAGUGCAGUCCAGUGGAUGUAGAGGCCCGUCAGUUCAGGGCCAAGGCAGUAUCUAUCUCUUUAUGGUGCUACAGCCCCUUGAUCGCUCCAUGGGGGCCUCGCCGCUCAGAAUAUGUCACUUUUGCAUUAUGUUUAUUCUGAUGCUUUUUUCUUUCCUUCAAAAGUUCUUUUCUCCACGUUUUGUUGUCCGAAGCGUGUCUGUGUCUCUCUCCCAGGCAGAGAGGACUGACUAGUGUAGGACAUUUCAUAUUAGUGUGCAAUAUUGUGUACGUGCCAAUAGUGGCAUUGUAUCACGUGUAUAGACUAUUAAAAAGACGAAAAAAUGUAUAGGCUAUGUGAUCAGUAGAUAUUUGAGAGCAUGACGAUGAGGUUGAUGCAUCUGCAUUAUAUUUCCGAAAUGUGAAGUUUUCUUCUCAAGCACUUGCUCAAAGUGGAAAAAAAAAGUCAGACUAGUAGUGAGGUAUUUUUCCUGUCACGUUCUGUAAACCAGUAGGCUGCCUUGUCCGUCUUAUCAGUGCACGUAGACUAGUGAGGGUGUUUUACGUCCCCCUACGAAGUCACCCCAGAGAAAAACCCUUUCCCUUCUCGUUCCUGCUCUGACACACACAUGCACACAUACAGACAGCCAACAACCUCCGACUGCAUCCAUGUCGGCCUCUCUGCAGUGGCCUACGCUGAAGCUGAAUAGUAUCUCGGGUCCAGGGGUAGCUGACACACUCACACACACACACGCACUCUCUCCCUGUUGAGGCCUCUUGUUGCUAUCUGAGUGUUUGGGAGGCCUCUAAAGUAUUUUGAAUGGUGUCUAGAGCUGCACAAGGCCUCCUAUCAUUAGAAGCCAGGAAACUGUGUGUUUGGAGCCUGAGUGCAACCCCUCUCUCUCACCCGGGACUGCCGAUUGCAGGGCAGGUUAACUACGAUUUGGCUUUGGCUUGUCUGUGGUUUCACUUGAGUUAGACGAUAGUGAUCGGCCGCAGCAGACACAAAGGACAGAGGAGUUUGUUGUUGUUUUUACAAUGAGGAUCACAAUCCUUCUCUCUGAUUUAGUGUGCUCCUCUUCCCCACUCGGGACUCAAAGCAUAAAAAAGGCCCCUGGUUCCGUGCACCAAAACCUGUCCAAAUACGCUCUGCCAGACACACAGUCCAUUCCUUCUCUUUGACCUGAUCAACCUCUUGGCUUACGCUGAAGUGCUAGUUAACAAUCAAUAUGCUUCAAGUAAUUAGUUGACCUGUCAGCUUUAUUUAAAGCAGGUUGGCCUACAACAGUAAAUGUGACUGAGCCUGGUCACAGGCCCUGUCGGAGUGCCGUGCCACCUAGGUGUAUGAAGGGGAAAUACAGACUGCUUGGAUUUCAGCUUUAUGGGCCUCAGCUGGAUAAAAGCUGCUAAUGUAGUUACAGCCUGGACUCCCAGACAUGUGGGAUAGAUGAGGCUAGCCUGAAGCAUACCUGGGCUGAAACAGUAUCAAAAGUCCUGUUGAAUCCUCACUUUAAAAAGUUGAUCUGUGUUUGAUUGGGCAUGUCUGUGGCAACAGAAAGAAGAAAAGAAAAAUGUGCCAGAAAAUCCCAUCUGUUCCACGCAGGACGUUUUGGCCCAGGUUUGUCUCCGAGUGUUGGUGAAAGGCCUGAUGAAGCCUGGCACUGCACUGUAGGGGCGUACCGGCAGCAGCCUACCAUGGCCUACUGACCCGGCUGUCAGACAGAUCCAGUUAGGACUUUUCUCUCUGUUCUGGAGAAGAACUGUGAAUCUCUUUUCCCCUCUUGUGGAAAUUACUACACUUCCUCACACUGCCCUGUGAAUUACAAAAAGCCGGUUUCCAUUAAACACACGUACAAGCCACCUAUGACUAUGUGCCCAGCAAAGCAGAUCUGAGGUCAAUCUGAGUUCAUCUUGAGUUCAACACAGACCUGGACUGUCUGUUGUGAUACAGCACUUAUUUCUCAAAGUGUUUUAGCUUUAGCUUGAUUGAAUUUAGGCCUCCAGGAGGCUCAUGCUACAUGAAGACUGGAAAUACAACACUUCUUUUCUCUUUUUCUCUUUCUCUAAUGGCCAAAUAUAAGGAGAGCCUAAACCUGCUCAUUGAAUUCACUCUGUGAAUGCCUCACUCUGUGAAACGCACACAUUUUCUUGAAGAUUAAGAGACGAGUCGUCUUGUUUAGUUAUACAGACUGUAAUCGCCAGGUGCUACUGGGUCAGUUGUGUUUUUAGUGCAGAAUGAUUCAGUUGUGACACACGAAUCGUAGCUGCGUCGGAGUUACAGAGGAGGAGGACUGAAAACAGUGGGUUUAAAUCUGAUUUCUCAGUUUAUGAGAGCUCAGCCAGUGUCACAGCAAAACCUGGAGUGACCUUGCAGCCAUGUUGUGCCCACAUUACACGGUCAUCCAUUUCUAGGACUCAAAUGCAAAAUGGUAGGCAGAUGUUUUCCGUCUUGUUUUCUGUAUAGAAGCGUCAGUGGUCAAGCUGUGUACUGUCCUCAGUGACUCUGGCUAAGUUCAGUGUACAUAGAUGAUGGUGCACUGAAACUGUUAGCAUUAACAAGAAUCAUGUUUUGAUUUAUUAUACAGCAGUAGCCAUCGUAGCAAUCCCUAAUUGUGAUGUUACCUUAUCUUUUCUUUGUCAAUACUGCAGUCUUCAUUUUGUCAGAUAUUUAUUGGAAGAGCUUAUUUUUGUUGCUCAAGCAACAGGUGAUCAGACCAUUCCUUACACAUUUCAGCUGAUGGAUAUAGAAGAGAAAUCUCAAUCGCAGACAGAGUCUGAUGUGCAACAGUAACUCCGUGUUGUAUUCAGUCAGAUUGCUAUGAUGGCUCCAGCUGUAGGUGCGUCAUCUGCUUGUUCCUCUUGUCCUGAACUGGGAGAUUGUUCAUGUUUCUGACUGCAUUCAAACAGCCACAUGUACAUGACUUUUAACAGCAAACUUCCGCAAUUGAAAUGUGGGUGGUGGCGACCGGCCUCCACCAAAUGAAAACAGACUGAACUUCCAUAAGUUGUUCCAGACAACCAAAUCUGCUCUGUUUCUGGUUUCGAUGUGUAGUCUUUCAUUGGCCAUUCAGAGUUCCUGGUUAAUCAUACAGCCAAUCGCAGCCUCUGGUCAAAGCCAAGCACUAUAUGACUCAUCACAAACCACUGACAGAGGGGCUCAUUCAGCACGUCUUCUGUUUGCACACGCACAGAGUAGUAGGGUCCAUCAUGUUUGCAGACUGUACAGGCUACUGUUGUGUAUAGUUAUAAAGACGUUCUUCAGAUGUUUUGAAGAUGUUGGGAAAUGGAUCCUGGAUUUUAAGGGGUGGGGUCAAUGCACAAUGAACAUAUCCCAUGUCACCGUUUGGUCUAAAUCCCUUUACCAUCCCCAUAUGAGAUAAUAUGUUGUAUCUUUCAAAAAUAUUUUAUCUGUGGCGUGUGUGUGUGUAUAUAUAUAUAUAUAUGGUUUGUUAUAUAUGAUGCUCCUCCUUUCAGAAAAAUAUAACAUGUAAACAGGAAAAACAUAUUGCUGUUUUUUUCCUUUGUAUUUUAUACUUACAGAAAGCAUUGAAUAAAAAUGGAUAAAUACUUGCACUUUAGAUAUAUUAAGAAAAAUAAAAAUCUGCAUAUUAUUUUUGAUAGGGAUCUCACAUUCAAAAAGUAUAAAUUACAGGCUUUGUGACUAUUGCUGGACAGAGAUGUAUUGAGUUCUACUUAUUGAAGUAUAUUUUGUCUGUGUGUCAGAAGGUUUACUAAAGUAAAUUGCAUGAUAAAGUAGUGCUACACCGAUAUUGUUCUUUUUUUUAGUUGGUAAAAAUGUCUGAAAACUGUGAUAACAACCCUCUUGUAUCAUGUUUAACCUCUCCUCACCCCUUCUAGAAUAUUUCUUACUGAAAUAUGGCCUUUCCUGACUACAUGACGAUGGUGCUUACUUUGGCUUUGACAUCAAGCUCAUCCUAUACAUCUCAACAUCAUCAUAACUCACGUCGUUACACUUCAUUACUUUCUGUUAUGUACUCUCACUACCUUAUUAAAUUUCCGUUGAUGGCAAAAAAAACUAAAAGAUGUGUGCUGUUUUGUACAUUGCUGUUUGUUUUAAUGUUGGGGGAGUCUUGUUGUCUGAAAAAUGACUAAUCGCGCAAUAAAAAGUCAUUCCACA